CGCUAAUGAAGAAGCUAACCAAUCAGAGAGCUAGGUGCCUCGAACCCGGUGACAUAAUUAUUUAAACAGGAAGUGUUGUUCAUGCGUGGCGCGAAACACCAGCGUGUUCGUGGUGUCGUGUGGAGGAUGGCUUGUUGGUGAGUAAACACGAGUUUUAAAGCUGUGACCAAUAAUAAACGCCUGUUUCUGUUUUUAUUGACAAUAACUGCCGGUGAGCCGGGGACGGCCGUUUAAACCAGACCUGAAGUACCAGCAUGCUGCUGUAAAUAAUUAUGCUCUUAUGUUUGGUUGUGGACGUCUUUUGAAAGGAUCUAGCAACAUGAAGGAAACCUACCCAACUGAAGCCCCAGUCAUGGUGACUUGGCAUGAAGAGAUCAACCAGCAGCUGGAUUUUUCUAGCUGUGGAGAGGAGGGGAACAGCAGUGACACCACCUCAGAUGACUGUGCCAUCACCCGCAGUCCCAGGCUGUGCACGCCCAGCUCGGCCUGCAGGACACCCAAAGUGCAGCGCCACCGCAGCAGAAGCAACACGUUGCCUCUACAAUGCACCAGCCCCAUACCUUACGCGUCUUGGAAGAAGCUGAGGCUGUGUGAAUCUCCCAGCACCCCCAAGAGUUUGCUGUCAAAGUCGUCUCAGUCUUACUCCAACAUAAAGAUCGGUCACCAUCAGAGGAUCGUGCAUUUGUCACCCGCUACAAAUCUCCUUCAGGUGCCCUCGGUCAACGUGAAUCCGUUCACGCCUGACACGGUACGCAGAAAAACCGCGCUGCAGUCGGAGAGUAAUUUUAGGAGCGAUGAAGAAGAUCGUGUACACAGGUUCAAGCACAGCCUCGCGUCAUCUGAGGAGGAUGAAGCCUUCCUCCCACAAAAGAGACGAGCCGUCCAAGCCUUCAUGCUCUCACGAUAUGACAGUGAGUUCCUGGAGCUGGAGAGCAUUGGUGUGGGGGAAUUUGGGGCCGUUUAUAAGUGCAUCAACAGACUGGAUGGUUGCCUGUACGCCAUAAAACGCUCUCGACGACCCCUAGCAGGCUCCGCCAAUGAGCAGCUGGCGCUAAAGGAGGUGUAUGCACACGCUGUUCUUGGGCACCACCCACAUGUUGUUCGCUAUUAUUCAGCAUGGGCAGAGGAUGACCACAUGAUUAUUCAGAAUGAGUACUGUGAUGGUGGAAGUCUCGGUGACGCUAUUGUGAAGAAGGAGGCCCAAGCAGAACUCUUCACCGAGGCUGAACUGAAAGAUCUGCUUUUACAAGUAGCCAUGGGUUUGAAGUACAUCCACAGCUCGGGUCUCGUCCACCUCGACAUCAAACCAAGUAUGUCUGUGAACGAGUUUCACUUAGACACCAUUUGGUUUCCCAGCACGCGUGCAGGGGGCGAGGGCGACAGCGAUGAAGAUGAUGAAAGCUCUUCAGCUCGAGUCAUUUACAAAAUUGGUGAUUUGGGUCAUGUGACAUCAGUCACUAGCCCUCAGGUGGAGGAGGGGGACAGCCGCUUUCUGGCUAAUGAGGUCCUGCAUGAGGAUUACUGCCACCUCCCCAAGGCUGACAUAUUUGCUCUGGGCCUCACAGUACUGCUGGCAGCCGGUACGCCUUCUCUGCCCCGAAAUGGAGCUCAGUGGCACAGUCUUCGAGAAGGGCACCUGCCCAACCUGCCUCAGAAACUCUCCCCUUGCUUCACAGAUUUACUUCAGUCAUUGCUGGAUUCAGACCCGACGAAACGCCCAUCUGCCAGGGAGCUUUGCAAACACACACUUUUGAGGGAAAAGAGGACCGAGAGGCUGGCUGCUCAGCUUCGUAUGGAGCUCAGCAUGGAGAAGUUCAGGACAGCCAUGCUUGAGAAAGAGCUCCAGGAGGCGCGACAGGCCUCUUUGUCACCCAAACCAACCCUUUCACAAGCGGUGGAACCCCCUGUUAAGAUGGGGUCUUUGCCCAGAACUGGAAGGAGGCUGGUUGGCAGGAAGACUCCUCGAUCCAUGAGCUUUGGUUGUUCCACUAGUGGAGUCUAAAGGGGAUGAUUUUGUGGCUCUUGCUAUAACAAAGCCAUGACUCAACACUGCUACCAGAAAUUAUUACAUGCAAAUUUGUUUUUCUGGUGUUGCCAAAGAAAUCUGAGAACUUUUGACUAAUCAGAUUUUUUUUCUGUCUUUAUUGCAUUAAGUUGAAUGCAGUAGGCUGGCUAGAUAUUUUUUAUUUGUUUUUAUUGUAAAUAAAGGUUUUAAGCAUUUUUAUUCAAUUUUCUUUCAUGUUCAGUAGAUGUACCAAAGCGAUAACUGAAAAGGGGGGCUUUCCAGGAGGAGUGUGCCUCUUAUCCGCAGCUGCAGUCUCUUAUGCCGCCAUACUUUUUAAAAUUUUUUAGUCGUGGUCAAAUUUGUGUUGCAUCAGAAAAUUCAUUUGUUGGUGAAUUAAGAACUCUAUUAAAAAGCCCUGUUGCACGACUUCCA